AUGGAAAUCAAAUCACUACCUUUGGCAACGUCCGUCUCAAAUAUUGAGAUCCAGGAUUUCCUGUAUCCUAUUAUUGCACUGGCCGCAUUAUAUCUGGUAACAUCCACUCUCUAUGAAACUCUUUUUGCGACCGAUAUUCCUAAAAUUAAGGGAAUCCCCCAGAUACCAGGUGCGGUACCUAUGUUUGGCCAUCUUCUAAAACUUGGAGAAGACCAUGCCUCGGUCUGUGAGAAAUGGUGGAGACAGUACAAGCAAUCAGUGUUCCAAAUCAAACUUGGUAACACCCGAGCUGUAGUGGUUAAUUCUUUUGAGGAUGCAAAGCAGAUAUUACUAGCUCAUCAAAACGCUUUGAUUGAUAGACCAAAGCUGUAUACUUUUCAUGGAGUUAUCUCGUCAACUCAAGGAUUCACAAUCGGUUCUUCACCCUGGGACGAGUCCUGCAAGAAUAAGCGAAAGGCAACUGGCGUCGCACUGGGUCGACCAGCACUACGCAACUACUACCCCAUGUUUGAUUUAGAGUCAUAUUGCAUUUUGAGAGACCUUCAUCGCGAUUCGCAAGGCGGUAUGGUAGAAAUCAGUGUCCGGCCCUAUAUUCAAAGGUAUGCUCUAAACACCACGCUGACUCUCUGCUAUGGAAUUCGAAUGGACAAUGUUUACGACGAGCUUCUGCGCGAGAUCUUGUAUGUCGGAUCGGCUAUUUCGUUAUUGAGAAGUGCUUCUGAGAAUCUACAAGAUUACGUACCCCUAUUAAGAUAUCUCCCAAACAAUGAGAAGAACCGUCGAUCUAAGGAACUGAGAGAAAGAAGAGACAAAUAUCUUGCUCACCUGCUUGACAAGGUCAAAGAGAACAUCAAGGCCGGUACUGACAAACCUUGUAUUGCGGCUGCUAUCUUGAAAGACGACGAAUCCAAACUAUCCAAUGUAGAGGUUAAUUCCAUCUGCUUGUCGUUGGUUUCAGGAGGGUUUGAAACAAUUCCUGGUACCCUUACUUCAUGUAUUGGAUCGCUCUCUACAAAGGAGGGUCAAAUCUUUCAAGAAAAGGCCUAUGACGAUAUUUGCCGACAUUAUCCUAAUAUCGCCGAUGCAUGGGAGGACUGUUACAAACAAGAAUCUGUACCGUACGUCAAUGCUAUUGUUAAAGAAGCAGGAAGAUUCUACACGGUUAGUGCCAUGAGUCUACCAAGAAAGACUGUUUCAGAGGUCACCUUCAAGGGAGCUAAAAUCCCCGCCAAAACAAUGGUUUUAAUCAAUGCUCAAGCAGCUAAUCAUGAUGUUGACCAUUUUGGUUCAGAUGCUUCUAUUUUCAAUCCUGACCGAUGGAUGGAAGAUGAUCACACUGAGAAAAAACUAAAUGGCCUUGGUCAUCAUAGUUUUGGAGCAGGGGCAAGAGCUUGUUCAGGACAAUACAUUGCCCAACGUUUGCUGUAUUCCGCAUUGAUCCGAAUUAUCACUAGUUAUAAAAUUGUCGCCUCAGAAACUGAGCCACCAAACACUGACUAUGUUGACUACAAUCAAUUCAAGACGGCUCUAGUUGCUAUCCCAAGGGAUUUCAAGGUGAAAUUGAUUCCCAGAAACCCAGAACAGCUAGACGAACUUUUAGCAGAAUCCGAAGUUCGGACAAGCGACUUUUAUCGCUGA